AUGAAGCUCACCUUCAAGGAUUUGAAGCAGCAAAAGUUCGUCAUCGAAGCUGAGCCCUCCGAGCUGAUCUCCGAUGUGAAGGAAAAAAUUGCAAAGGAAAAGGGAUGGGAGGCUGCGCACCAAAAGCUGAUCUAUUCAGGCAAGAUCCUGCAAGAUGCCAACACUGUCGAGUCCUACAAGAUUGAGGAGAAGGGUUUCAUUGUCUGCAUGAUCCAAAAGCCUAAGGCUCCCCCAGCAUCUGCAGCCUCCUCUUCAAAAGCUGCCCCGUCCACCCCAGCUCCGGCUGUUGCAUCGACACCUGCUCCCCCUGCCGCGCCGAGUCAGUCAACAUCUUCCUCUACAAAUGCUGUCCCCGCCACUCCUACGCCCGCUGGCUCUGGUCCUACGACAGCUGCCUCCCCUUCAGGUCCUGCAACCUCAGGCCUUGCGAUGGGUGCUGAGCGUGCUGCACAAAUCGCAGAGAUGGAGAGUAUGGGGUUUGAGAGAUCACAGAUCGAUGCUGCUAUGCGUGCUGCGUUUUAUAAUUCUGAGCGAGCUAUUGAGUACCUCUUGACCGGCAUCCCAGAAGGACUACAACAAGAACAAAGACAAGCUGCCCCGCCUGCUGGUGCUCAAGCCGCAUCUCCAUCCCCCGCUGCACCUGCUGCGGAAGGUGGUGAAGGUGGUGAAGAACCCGUCAAUCUUUUCGAGGCCGCAGCCGCAGCCGGUGGAGGAGGACGCGGUGCAGCCGCUCGUGGAGGAGCAGGAAAUCUCUUCGGAGCAGGAGGAGCAGCUGCCGCAGCAGCAGCAGCCGGUGGUGGACUGGGCAACCUCGACUUCCUCCGCAACAACCCUCAAUUCCAACAACUCCGCCAAGUCGUGCAACAACAACCCCAAAUGCUCGAGCCUAUCCUCCAACAAGUCGGCGCUGGUAACCCACAAUUGGCACAGCUGAUCGGACAACAUCCUGAGCAGUUCCUGCAGCUGUUGAGUGAGGACGGUGAUAAUGAUGCUCCGCUCCCACCGGGAGCCCAAGCUAUCAGCGUGACGGAAGAAGAACGUGCUGCUAUUGAGCGAUUAUGUCUCCUCGGUUUCCCCCGCGACCAAGCAAUCCAAGCCUACUUCGCCUGUGACAAGAACGAAGAGCUGGCCGCCAACUUCCUCUUCGACCAACCGGAUGACGAGGACCUGCAAUAA